GCCCAUGAAAUGCAGCAAAACGGGAAGUUGACCGUGAAGGUUUCCAAGAAACAGAUAGCGCGGGGCACAGCCGUUCAUGCGCGAUAUCACGGUUUGGUCACACGAACUGUCCCUUGAAGCCUCUUCCAUCUACCGAAUCACUCCCAUAUAGGUGCUUAUCGCCCGACAGGCCGAAUCGACCAAACUCAUUUGAUAUGGAGGACGAGGUGCCAAAACGACAACGCGUCGCUUGGGCGUGUACGAAUUGCAGAAGGCGGAAAGCGAAGUGCAAUGGCGAGACGCCAUGCAAUCCGUGCAGACUUAGCAAGCUGCAAUGUUCUUACGCUUCCGGAGGACGCAUGACCUCGACGCAGUAUAUUCGGCAAUUGGAGAGGAAAGUUGGUCAACUCGAGAAAUUGCUUGGAAGCCCGGGUUCACUCACGUCGCCACCAACGCAGGCGAGCCCUACCCAUGAUGUACAAUCUACGCCACAGAUGCAAUGGCAGAAUACGGGUUCGUCGGAGCAGGAUCAACCGGAUGAGUCACCUCCUUCGGACGAUGAAUAUAUUGAGACGAUUGUACAGGACGACUCACAGCCCCGACAUAGCACGGACGGUACCGAGUCGCAAUCGCACGAACUCGACCCGGUCGACUUUGGCGGUCUGAGAAUUUUGAAACGAGUACACAAUCUCUGCAAACAUCUUGGAAAACGAGGCCGAGCUGAGGCCGUUGACGAAAGCCUUGCGAAUGCAUUUGAGGUUGCGCCGCCGGAGGAGAUGAGCACGCCCAUUUCGUGGGAAGCGUUUGCGAUGAUGCCCUCGCGAGCUGCCGUUGAUAAGGCGAUUGACAUCGUUGUGGAUGAGGCAUGCUGCAACAUGCAGUUCCUUGACCGGACGACUCUUGUUGCUCUCGCGGACGACGUAUAUCGUGCUGUUGAAGCGGACGACUCCAACUACGAUCGAAAGGCGUUGGCGUUGCUUUAUGCUGUGCUAGCACUAAGUCGGCAGUUCUCACACGUUGAUGCCUCGUUGUCGAGCGAGGUGCAGCCGCCGAAGACCAACGGCAUCCGGUAUUUUCGUGCGAGCCGGGCGCUACUGGAUCCUGCUUCCUGCCAGGACUUAACUGCGCUUCGGACAUUGCUGUGCAUGAUCCUGUACACAGGCGCGGCGAACAUGAUGUCAACAUGCUACUCCUACAUUUGCAUGGCUGUCGCAGCGGCUCUGCAGAUGGGCCUUUUCAACGAUGUUUCACACCAGAAGCUUGACGAUGCGGAGCGAAAGAGUCGUCGGGUAAUCUACAGCGUGCUCUAUAUCGCAGACGUAUACGUCACAGCCGCUCUUGGUCUACCGCGCACACUGCGGGAUAUCGACUCCGAACGUGGCUUGCCGUCUGCCGUACAACCAACAGAUAUUCAUGAUCCGCUUGCGGGAACGUACUUACACUCGCAGUUGGCGCAGAUUUUGGCGCUGACGGUUGAGAGUAAUCAUCCCUUCAUCAAGCCAAUAGAGACCAAGAAUGGAUUCUACAGCGUGGAACACAGCAAGAUAGUCGCGAUUGAGGCCAAGCUCGACACUUGGUUCCAGCAACUCCUGCAGCGACCACCAGAGACGCUUGACCCCGUCCUUAUGAGAUCCCAGCUCAUCCUCCGACUCUACCACGCACGUGUACAAUUGGUGCUUUAUCGCCCUUUCUUGCACCACGCACUUCGAGACAGCAGCCGCCAGACCAACCGUCCGAGCCUAAAGGCUUACGCGUGUGGCAGCGCAUGCAUAAAGGCAGCCAUGCAGGCUGUAUGGCUGGUAGAGCGACUCGAGGCGUCCGGCUUGUUCAAUCCGAGCCAGUGGUUCGUGACCUUCACCAUCUUCUUCGCCGCCGUCUGCCUUGCCUUGUUCGUAUCAAGCAACGAGGGCGCACCAACUGUGGAUGAGACGGCCGAUGCUGUACGCAGAAUCAAAGAUGUUUGCGCUCGGCAUGCUGCUAAGAACGAGAAUCUCGGCAGGUGUCUCAAAUUCUUGCAGGUGAGUGGCCACCACAUCUAUAUGGGAUGGCAAGCGAGAGUUUAACAAUGAACAACAGGGUCUGCCGCAAGCUGGAGCAGAGAUUGAUGCCUCUUUCACCGAGCUCAUGAGCAGCUUGACCCCUGGAGCAUCGCAUUUCGAGGACGCAUUCGAAGUGUCUGAGGCGCCACAGGUAGCGGGCUUGAUAGACGAGGAGAUGUUGCAAGCGCAUGACUUGCCACCCUUUCAACCGUUCCUGAGUCGUAGGUUUUGAUACAGACGGCUUCUUACGCAGAAGCUGCACAGCGACCGUGCGUCUUGCAUGUUUGCAAAAUACGUCUUUAGCAUGAUAGGGUCACUCCGGGUUCUCUGUCGCAGCUGCAGUGCAGGAUCCAUGCAACGCGCAACCACAGGAUAACGAUACUCGACCCGGGAGUUCACUG